AUGUCGCGCCUCGACCUUCGCGACACACCCACAAGCGCGGCAGCUCUAAAGGCUUGCUGUCACCCUAAAAUCUCGACUUUGCAUCACACUUUGAUCGUCGCGGACCUCUCCGGAAGUGCGCGCAAAGCUGCCGCGACAACGCAACAUCUCGCAAUUCGGAGUCGCUACAUCAUCUCUGUCAGCAGUCAAUUGCGCCGAACUCGUUCGACUCGGGGUGGCAUCUGUUGCAAAAAGGGUCAUGUGCUGAGGAGUGUUAGCGAGGUCAGCGUGACAGAGCUGCGGAAAAGACUUGCAUCAAGCAGAUCAUUCGCAGCCGCAGACGUGCCCGUGUCGCCCCUCACUACGUUCAUAGUGCAGAGUCUUGUGCUGUGGUUGGCCUAA